ACUCUCAACUACAACGACCACGACGACGACAAGGAGGUCAUCAUCUCCGAGACAAGAAGAUUAGAGAAGAGAGACACAGAGGUCGCGGUAGCGAGCAAUUAAUUCCGCUUCCUUGCCCUGUUGCGUUUUAAGUGCUAGGAGGAGGAAAGAGCUGAGAAGCGAGGGCUAGGAGGGAGCCUUGGCCUUGGCCGGCGUACGGACGCGGGGAAACAGGGAUUUAAGUGGACGGUGAAGAGCGGUAUGGUGGAGUGGGCUUGAGAGGAAGUGAGGUGAGGGAUUGGGGGGUGGGGGUUUGAGUAAGGGGAAGAGAUGAAGUUUAUGAAGCUGGGAUCGAAGCCUGAAGCAUUCCAGUCGGACGGGAGCAACGACAGGUAUGUUGUAUCCGAGCUGGCAACAGAUGUCAUUAUACAUGUUGGUGAAUUGAGAUUUUAUUUGCACAAGUUCCCUCUUCUAUCCAAGAGCCACCGGUUACAGAGAUUGAUCCUCAAGGCUAGUGAGGACAGCAUUGAUGAAGUCUUCAUGCAUGAUUUUCCUGGUGGUCCAAAAGCCUUUGAAAUAUGUGCUAAAUUCUGCUAUGGCAUGACUGUAAUUCUCAAUGCCUACAAUGUUGUUGCUGCUAGAUGUGCAGCAGAGUACCUAGAGAUGACUGAAGAUAUUGAAAAAGGUAAUUUGAUAUUCAAAAUCGAGGUUUUCCUGAACUCCAGUGUGUUCCGUAGCUGGAAAGACUCCAUCAUUGUUCUACAGACCACAAAGUCAUUGCUGCCCUGGUCUGAGGAACUUGAGGUGGUUGGAAGAUGCAUAGAUUCCAUUGCUUCCAAAGCAUCUGUUGACCCUGCUAAUGUAAACUGGUCCUAUACCUGUAGCAAGAAAUUAGCAGCUUCAGGUGAGAUAAUUGAAUCCCAACAAACAAAGCAUGUUGUUCCCAAGCAUUGGUGGAUUGAGGAUAUAUGUGAACUCGAUGUUGAUCUUUACAAGCGAGUAAUGGUUGCUGUGAAGUCUAGAGGAAGAAUCUCUUCUGAUGUGAUAGGAGAAGCCCUCAAGACUUAUGCAGUUAGAUGGUUGCCUGAUUCUUAUGAUGCCCUGGUUGCUGAUGACUACACCAAAAGGAACAGGACUCUUGUAGAAACCAUCAUCUGGCUGUUGCCAUCAGAUAAAGGUUCAGCUUGUUCCUGUAGAUUCCUUUUAAAAUUGCUAAAAGUUGUUAUCUUGGUUGGAGCUGGGGAUCUAUUGAAGGAAGAGUUGAUGAACCGUAUUAGUGUGCAAUUGCACAAAGCUUCUGUAAAGGACCUUCUGAUUCCGGCAAAAUCUCUUGGUGACACUAUUUAUGAUGUUGAUCUGGUGCGAAGCCUGGUCAGUAGAUUUCUGCUGCAGGUUGGGAGCACUCACAAUACUGAUUUCGUGGAAAGGAGUGAAAAUAGGAUGCAUGAAAUUGAUCUAGAACAUGAAUCUUUGUUGACUUUGGGAAAAUUGAUCGACUGUUAUCUUGCUGAAAUAGCCAGUGAUCCAGAUCUGUCAAUUUCUAGCUUCGUUGAUCUUUCUAUGUCAGUUCCAGAGGCAGCAAGACCAAUCCAUGAUGGACUCUACACAGCCAUCGAUAUCUAUUUGAAGGAGCAUCCAAGCCUGAGUAAAGUGGAGAAGAAGAGGAUUUGUAGUCUGAUGGAUGUCAAGAAGCUCUCAACAGAUGCUUGCUUGCAUGCAGCACAAAAUGAGCGGCUACCUCUUAGAGUGGUGGUGCAGGUCCUCUUCUUUGAACAGAUGAGGGCAACAGCUAGUGGCCUAACAGCUUCAACCAAUGACACCUUGCAUGGCCGGACGAGGUCCAGAGCAAAUGUGGAAGAGUUUUGGAAGAGACCAGCGCCAGAGAACCUUACCUCUGCAAAGAAACAGCUAGGGAACUUGAAGGUAGAAGAGGAGUGUUGGAGUGACAAGGGAAAGAAGAGUAGUAGGGAUAGCAAGGACAAGGGUGGUGGAUUAUUGCUGCAGUCUCGAUCAAGGAGGAUACUUGACAAGUUCUGGGUUGGGAAAGGGCAUAGGGAGAACAAAAGUAGCGAGACAUCAGGGAGUUCUCAAAGCCCUCCGACCUCCGCGAAGCUGGGAGAAGCUAAAUCAUCUGGGACUUCGUCAAGGCAAAGGAGAUACUCUGUUUCGUGAGUGUAGUUUUGGGUUGGAGGUUCUUGUCCUUUGUAUAGAAAAAUGGGGAUGUGUUUCAGCUGAUGAGAUGGUUCUAUGCGUUUUAGCAAAUGCUCGAAUUUUUUUCCUCAUCCCCUCCAUAAGGACUGGGAAGGGGUUUGAGCGGUUAAAUAUGUACGCUGCUUUUGUAUUAUUAGUCUCUUCAACUCAGUCUAGUGUUUUUGAAGUACCAU